AUGGCGUUAAAACUAAGAACUCAAAACAUCGAAAAAUUGAAAGAUACUCUUUCGUUGAUCAGUCAUUUAAGAAAGUUUAUAGUGUUGAGAUUCACCGAGUCUCAGCUUGCGGUGAUUCUGAUGAACUCCAAUCCAGUGAACCAAGAACCGCAGAUCUGGUGUAAGUUACGCAUGGCAAGUUUAUUUGAUGAGAUUGAAGUUAUAAGUAAUCAUGAUAAUACUGUUCCUUUAGAAUUGAACAUCGAUCUACUACUACAAACACUCCGAAACUUUGAUAAGGCAAAUAGUGAUGGCUUAAACAUAAGAUUACAACGGAAAGACACGUCGGGGUCACUGGGGGGUAUUCUGAAUACGGGAAGACUUGCAUCUCUAGCGUUGUUCUAUUCUAAUACAAAUGCUAAUAAUAAUACCGUUAAUCACACUUUUAAGAUUCCAGUAAGGAUCUUGAAAGUCACUCAUGAGUCCAUUAGUUUGAGUGAGCCCGAGUUAUCACGAAUUGAUCUAAUGAUUGGGAUUCCAAACCAGUUCGUCUCCACAUAUAAAAGAUUGGACAAAUUCAAAAAGGCUUCUAGCAAUGACUUGGUUACCCUAAAGGCAAGCAGAAGGAGCCUGGGGUUUCUUGGUUUCGUCCUCGAAGAAGAAGGUAAAUUCAAAAUCACAAUCAGCUGGAAUGAUAAACUUGAAGUACAAAAACCUUUACAAAAUCACGCUAUUGAUGGUGAAAGCAUGCGUACAGCCGUUUUGGAAACUUCCAAUAAAGACCAAAUCGAUGAAAAUGACGAAAAUGAAGAUAAAGAAAUCAGUGUAAAACUACAAGAUUGGAGAAACGCUUCUAAGAUUGUUGCAACAUGUAAAACAGUGGUUCUACUCAUUGCCCAUAAAGAAGCAUGUGCCUUGCAUUGCUUUUUGGACGAUUCGGAAGACGUUGAAAUAAUCUACUUCAUCAGUGGAGUCAAGAUUCGUGAUCUUCUUGAUUGA